AUGUUCGCCAUUGUUGGUGCGGCCGGAAAAGUUGGCUUUGCCACAUCAUCAACGUUGCGUGACGCUGGCAUGCUGGUCAAAGCUAUUCUACGUGAUGUGUCAAAGGCGGAUCGGCUGCGUGAAAUUGGCUGCGAGAUUGUUAUAGCUAAUCUGCUGGAUUCUAAGGCUCUUGUUAAGGCGAUUGGCGAUGCUGACACGGUUCAAAUCAUCCUUCCACCGUCCCCAGAAGUCAGGGGCCCUGAAGAAGAGAUGCGGAGAGGAAUUGAAAGCCUUGCCAAUGCACUUGAGGGGGCGUGUCCGAAGCGCAUACUGGCAAUUUCCGACUAUGGUGCUCACAUCACUCAUGAUAUUGGGAUGCCCACGCUGUGCCGAACAUUCGAAGAGCGGUUGAGCAAACUUAAUUGUCACAAGGUGUUCUUACGAUCAGCAGAGUAUAUGCAAGGAUGGGGACGUGCUAUCCCGACAGCCAUUGAGUCAGGCACUCUACCGAGUUUCCAUGACCCUCUCGAUAUGAGGUUUCCGACAAUUUCGGCUCCAGAUCUCGGAGUGAUUGCCGCUGACAUCUUGCUGCAGCCAGCAAGCGAGAAAGCGGUGGAAAUUGUCCACGCCGAGGGACCACGCAGAUAUGGCGACGAGGUUGUGCCGCGCCAUCAGCGGAAGGGGGCGUUUGAAAGUGUCAUGAGUCCAAGCCUUGCUGAACUUCUCAUCAAAGCCAAUGAUGCUCAAAAUGAGGGGGGUCUGGUCGACGUUGAGUCACGUACCAGCGAAGUUCGCUAUGGGACUACAGAAUUGCUUAAUACACUACGGCCAUUAGUUCCGCCCCAAUACAUCGAACUCAAGAUUUGA